AUGCAAGGAAUCUAUGAAUUUUCCAGCUGCGACAGAGUAAAACGUGUCGAAGAAGAUCUGUCCAAAGAGUUAAAAGAAUUGCAGAAUGCCAUCGAAGAAAAUGACUUUUUGAAAGUUACUAGUUCUAAUUCCCAGAAAUCUUUUAGGUAUGUUUAGAACUUGAUUUAUUAAUAUUUGUUGAAUAGUCUGUGUUUGUAUGUUGUUGCUGUAUCUAUAAUUUACUUUUAGUAAGCUGUAUAUAGUGCUUUCUGAAUCAUAUUUGUGAGAAAGUCUAAAUUAUUUGUACCAGCUGUGAAGGCAUGUAUAUUAAUGUCUACAAUAAGUCACUAAGCUGUCGUGGUUUGUGUCUGAACUACCUGAAAAAAAUAUCUCAAACGUGGUGGUCCAGUGUAGGUAGUAUUCUACAAUAAGCUGCCGUGGUUUGUGUCUGAACUACCUGAAAAAAAUAUCUCAAACGUGGUGGUCCAGUGUAGGUAGUAUUCUACAAUAAGCUGCCAUGGUUUGUGUCUGAACUACCUGAAAAAAAUAUCUCAAACGUGGUGGUCCAGUGUUGGUAGUAUUCUACAAUAAGCUAGCUGUGUCGUGAAUUGUAUCUGAACUACCUGAAAAAGAUAUCUCAAACGUGGUUGUCCAGUGUAAGUAGUAUUCUACAAUAAACUGCCGUGGUUUGUGUCCGAACUACCUGAAAAAGAUAUCUCAAACGUGGUGGUUCAUUGUAGGUAGUAUUCUACAAUAAGCUGCCAUGGUUUGUGUCUGAACUACCUGAAAAAAAUAUCUCAAACGUGGUGGUCCAGUGUAGGUAGUAUUCUACAAUAAGCUGCCAUGGUUUGUGUCUGAACUACCUGAAAAAAAUAUCUCAAACGUGGUGGUCCAGUGUUGGUAGUAUUCUACAAUAAGCUAGCUGUGUCGUGAAUUGUAUCUGAACUACCUGAAAAAGAUAUCUCAAACGUGGUUGUCCAGUGUAAGUAGUAUUCUACAAUAAACUGCCGUGGUUUGUGUCCGAACUACCUGAAAAAGAUAUCUCAAACGUGGUGGUUCAUUGUAGGUAGUAUUCUACAAUAAGCUGCCAUGGUUUGUGUCUGAACUACCUGAAAAAAAUAUCUCAAACGUGGUGGUCCAGUGUAGGUAGUAUUCUACAAUAAGCUGCCAUGGUUUGUGUCUGAACUACCUGAAAAAAAUAUCUCAAACGUGGUGGUCCAGUGUUGGUAGUAUUCUACAAUAAGCUAGCUGUGUCGUGAAUUGUAUCUGAACUACCUGAAAAAGAUAUCUCAAACGUGGUUGUCCAGUGUAAGUAGUAUUCUACAAUAAACUGCCGUGGUUUGUGUCCGAACUACCUGAAAAAGAUAUCUCAAACGUGGUGGUUCAUUGUAGGUAGUAUUCUACAAUAAGCUGCCAUGGUUUGUGUCUGAACUACCUGAAAAAAAUAUCUCAAACGUGGUGGUCCAGUGUAGGUAGUAUUCUACAAUAAGCUGCCAUGGUUUGUGUCUGAACUACCUGAAAAAGAUAUCUCAAACGUGGUGGUCCAUUGUAGGUAGUAUUCUACAAUAUAAGCUGUCGUGGUUUGUAUCUGAACUACGUUGAAGAAAGUCCAUAUGUGAGGCUCUUGAGUGUUGCUGAUAUUAUGAUAUUUUUCACAGCUCUGUACCUUUACCAAAAGAUGGUGGACAUUUUCAAAGAGAAAGGAAGAUUGCUCUUACUAAAGCCUUACAGGUGGGGUACAUAUAUAGAUCCUUUGUUUUUUUUAUGUAUAGUAGACUUCACAUAUAAAGUUGUAAUUGGUUUAUAUAAAUAUUAAUCUUCUAUAAAUGUGGAUAAAUUCUACUUUCAGGUUCGAGAAGCGAGACGUCUCGCAUGUCAGGCAGACACCAUGAUUGAAGAAAUGACGAUAUGUGAAAAAGAAGAAUACACAAAUAAAAGUCUACCACUUCUACUGCAUCAGGUAAAAAAUAACUUUGUAUUCACUCAUUCAGUUCUAUUAAAAAGCUGUUCUUCCUGGAGGUUGAGUAAGGAUAGUAGGGGUGUUCCGGAUUUCAAAUUCUGUUGGAAUUCCGGCCGGAUUUAACAAAUUUUCCGGCAUCCGGCCAGAUUUGGGAAAAAUCCGGCCGGAUUUAAAUUUCUGUUUUCACCUUAAAAAAUUCACCAGAAUGGGAUAAACCAUCAAUUUGGCAGCUUUAAAGUUUAAAAAACGUUUAUAUUAUUAUAAAAUAUUAAGUUAUUAACAAAAAGAUAUUUAAAAAAGGUUUAUUAGUAAACACAAUCAAAAAUCUAAACUGACACUAACUAAAAAUAGUAAAAAACAUAAACGAUCAUUUUGAAUACUGAAUUAUCCCAAUUUAUCCCCAAUUGUCCCCAUUACCGGUUUAUCUCGAAUCCGGCAAAUCCGAAUUCCGGCCGGAAUUUUUGUCCAAAUCUGGUAAAUUUGAAAUUUCCAAAUCCGGUGCACCCCUAAAGUAUAGAGAUCAGACACCGUUGAAAUUACGUCGCAAUUGGUUGGAAGCUAGAGGUUCAUCAACUUGACUGGACUUAUAAUUAAGUUUGGUUCUGAUAAACAUGCACUGUUUAUUUAUGAAAUAUGAAAUGGUACCAAAUAUUAAUGAAAUCUUUUCAUUCAGUUUUACGUAGACAGAAUUAAAGAGCUGGUGCAAUGUAAACACAUGCAUAUGUUGAGAUGGGCAAGAUUUUGUGAACAUUCCAAGACUAUCGAAGCUUUGUAUCCAGCUUACCAGGAAAGACUUGGGUAGGAAUUAAAUGUACAUUUUUGGGGAACAGUUUUACAAUCAGGAAAAUUAACAAAAUUUAGUAUGGAAGUUAGACAUCUAAGGCUCAUUUCCACUCAGGAAAAUUUUCUGCGGAAAGAAAAUUUUGUAAAAUGUUAUUGGCCGACACAAAUAUUCCGUCGGAAAAAAAUUUGAAGUUGAAAAUUUUCAACUUUUAAUAACAAUGAUAUUUUCAGAAAAUUUUCUUAAUUAACUAAGUUGCAUAUUGCAUCUCCAUUGUUUUUUGCGUAUUAGCGCUGUUUGUCAUGAUUUGUCAUUCGGCAAGUACCAUCACCCCCCUGGACGUGUGCCAUUUUGAAUAUUUCCAGGGGGUGAUUGCUUCUGUUUACAGUACUUGCUGAUUGAUGAAUCAUGACAAAUAGCACUACACAAAGACAAUGGAGAUGGCCUUCUGUACAACAUUCUGUGACACUUGAGUGUGAGAUACAUAGAGGAUAUAUAACACGGCGGCACGUCAGGGUCAUAGGUGUAGAGUAUGGGGGGGGGGCUUUGGGGCUCAAGCCACUUCAGAAAUCUUACACUAGGGGCUUAGCCCCUGCAGACUAAUAGCGGUUAAUGUUGUUUUUGGGUUUUUUUUGGCUAAGUAUCGAAAUUUGGUAUGAAAAAUUGAGAUAAAGUACCUGGAAAGCAAUUGCAACAUACUUGUCCGGAAAAUUUUUUUACCAAAAAAGUUGUCGACGGUCAGGAUAUGACUUUUAUCUUCGAGUGGCGAAAACAAUAUGUUACGAACGAGCGCAGUGAGUGAGUAAAAUAUUGUUUUUAACACAAGAAGAUAAAAGUCAUAUCUUCAAGCCGCCUUAAAAAUUAAAGUCAUGUAAUCGAUAUCUUCACUAGUGAAGAUAUGGAAAAUAUCUCACUGUGUAUUUUUCAGUAUCUCAUGACUCUCUACUAUAUAAUAAAUGCCUUUAUAUGUCAAGAAGUCAGAGCAGUGGCACUCAAAUGAAUGGGUUAAUCAGACCUACACCCGCAAACUAUCACAGAUUGUUGUCCGAUCUUGCUGUUCAAAGACAACUAAGACAAUUCCGUAGCCUUUGUUAGAACUUAGAAGACUAUUCACAAUAUUUCCAAUUAUUUGUUUUACAUAGUUUAAUAAUGGCAGAAUACCAAGACGCAUUAGACAGAGCUCGACGUCUUUCAGUCGCACGAGAAGCCGCCUUGGCUGGUCAUGAAUCUGCAAUGAAUGUCGUGACUUUAGAUGAUCUGCUUAUCUACACAAGGUCCUUGAUCUGUCAGCUUCAUUCUGUCAAGAAAAUCCAUGCUUUCUUAAAGGUGGGCAAAAAUAAAUUAAUUUUUGGUAUACAGAUGAGAAUGCCCAUGAGUGUAUAUUGGAUUUUGGUAUGCAGCUAUUUCAAUUAAGGUUGUCCACGAACAAAGCGGAAAAGUCGAAUACGAGCGCGAAAGGCUGCUGGAAAUCGCUUUGAAAAUUCGAUUCCCAGCGAUUCCCAGCAGCCUUUCGCGCUCGUAUUCGACUUUUCCGCUUUGCUCGUGGACAACCUUCAUUGAAAUAGCUGUAUAUGAAUGAGCAUGCUCAAUAGACAACUUGCAUGUUAGACUAAUUUUUGAUCUAGGCAAAAAAAAGUAAAUUCCCAUAAAAAACUUAUUAAAAUUAGUAAAAUUACAAAAAUUUGGUUACGAAAUGAACAUUGUAAAGUAGGGAAAAUAUAGCCUUGCGAAGUUUGCAUAUGUUGUAUGUGUUUGUAUUACGUGCGGUACAAUUUUUGAGCCGAAAAUGGUAACAAUUUCCGCACGUAAUACAAACAUAUACAAAAUUUGCAAACUUUGCAAGACUAUAUUUUCCAAGCUUUACAACAUUUCGCAACCAAAUUUUGCAAUUUUACUAAUUUCAUUAUGUCCUUUUUAGCUGUGAUAUCCGAUUCCCUUCUCUUUACUUAGAUUAAAAUUUAGUCUAACAUGCAAGUUGUGCAUUGAGCAUAACGGAUUUUGGUAUAUAUGUAUGAAGCGUAUGGUUUUGGCAUUGUGAUCCAUUGAUUAGUAUAUGUAUGUAUUUAUUUCAUACCAGAUUAUAGAAUGGCUGCCAUAUUCUCACACAAACACAAUCCAACUACAGCAUUCAAAAUCUGAAACCUUACCAGACUCAGAUGCAAAAACCUCGACCGCCGCGAAUUUCAAAGCUCGCAAAAGGUAACGUACUAGAUGAUUAGUGUUUCACAAAACUCUGUCCUGCAUAUAAAAAAUUUCCUGCAGAUCAACGGAGUAUUUUUGUGCUAAAUCUGCAAGUGCAUAAACAUAUAGUGUUCUAGCUGACCAUGGUUUUAAAUUCAAGGAAUAAUGUCUGUCAACCAUAUGUUGUUGAGCCCAUAGUGGGACGUGGGUGUUAACGUUUCCUUCAAAUCUUCAAUAACAAAUCUUCAUUCAAACGAAUUUCCUGCAGCUGUUUAACAUUUCCUACGAGCAGUGCUCGCGUGGCACGUGCUCGCCUAUUUUUUCCACCCCUGAUUCCAGACUCAGCUACAUGCUAGGCAAAAAAAAAAAAUAUGUGGAUUUCCGGUUUCCCGACCCUACCUAGCUUUUGGACGUCGAAAUCCCGAUCCUAAACUUUUUUAUUGGAUCGUGCUUGUAAGUGUUUCCACUUAGAGGAAAAAGUUUGUGGAAAAUUGAUAUUUGAGGCAAUAUUAGCGAAAUUUAUCUUUGGAUGUGGAAGCACUGACUAAACAAAAUGGCGUCCGGUUGUUAGGAAAAUUAAAAAAAAGUUUAAAAAAAAGUUAAAACCGACCUACCCUACCUAAGUUUUUAUAAGAAGAAACCGGAAACCCACAUAUUUUUUUUGCCUUAUAGUUCAACAGCAAUUUAUCGCCAAGCAGAAAUAUUAUGAAAUAAAUUGUUAUUUUGUAAUAGGUUCUCCAAAGUCAUGAGCCAAGUCUCCGUCAUAACGCAACUUAGCCUGUUACGUCCAACUACUGACGAUGCGCUCCCCACACCUCCCCCCAUCAGCCUAUCUUCGUACCAACUAGUGGCUACCAAGAGUCCGUCAGUAGCGGCCACAGCGGCCGCGUCGGGUGGGGGACUGGCGACGGAUGAAAUCAACCUGGAUAUACCGUUGCAUCAUACGUCUUUGGAGAAACUCAAACCGAUGUUGGAGUUUUUGAUUGGCUGUUAUGCUGUCGAAAUGGUAAGAGAUGCUUGUUGUUUAGUUUACGUCAUAAAUAUCAUCGAUCUUUUUCAGAUAGUUCAGACACAAACCACGGCAGCUUAUUGUAGAAUACUACCUACACUGGACCACCACGUUUGAGAUAUAUUUUUCAGGUAGUUCAGACACAAACCACGGCAGGUUAUUGUAGAAUACUACCUACACUGGACCACCACGUUUGAGAUAUCUUUUUCAGGUAGUUCAGACACAAACCACGGCAGCUUAUUGUAUAGAACACUACCUACACUGGACCACCACGUUUGAGACAUUUCUCGAUAAAGUGUUUUCGUUAAUUAUCUUGUUAAUCAUUACUCAUUAAUAGGAUGUUCAUCAAGUGAACACAUUUGCUGACGAGAUGGAAUUGUUCACGAUGGUUUCACGGAAAUUUAAGAAGAUAUUUUCAAAACAAGAACAAUUGCGUAGUUUCGCGGUGUAUGAUGCUCUUGUUGAGGUGAGAUAGCUUCUAGAAGCGCUGAAUGUUUCUUUGCAGCACUAAUAUUAAACUAACUUUAUUUGUACUGGAUAGCUGUAUCUGUUCUAAACUGUUCUUCCUAGAGGUCCAGUAAGGAUCAUCUCUGAUGGAUCCAGUGUUUCUACAGGAGGAAAACUAAACUAAACUGACUUCAUUUACACUGGAUAGCUCUAUCAGUUCUAAACUGUUCUCCCUAGAGGUCCAGUAAGGAUCAUCUCUUAUAGUUCUUAUUGAUCGAGUGUUAUACUACAGGAAGAAACCUAAACUAAACUAACUUUAUUUAUACUGGAUAGCUCUAUCAGUUCUAAAACUGUUCUUCCUAGAGGUCCAGUAAGGAUCAUCUCUUAUUGAUCCAGUGUUACUACAGGAGGAAACCUAAACUAAACUAACUUUAGUCCAAUUUAAGCGUCCACGGAGAUGUUAUUAAAAUCUGAUAGAUUAUAUCCAAUGUAACCGAUCACUUAUCGCUUUUCUAUAUUUUCCAUGUUACCAGGAUAUCAGUGACAGCAAGGUUCGCAGUCAGGGAACGUACUGCACUUUUAAAAAAGAAUCGAACUGGGUCACGUUCUUACAUAUCAGGUAUUUUAAUCUGCUUGUUGAAAUUGGAAGAGAGCAAGAGACCUAUCAUAAAUUUUUGCCUAACAUCAAUUAUAUUCGUAGGCCAGAAAGAAACGCUGACCAAACUAAGAUAAUGACGAAACUUCGUCAACAAAGCAACAUUGAUCAGGCAAGUAAAGUUGGUUCCAAUGCAUAUUGCUUGUAGAUGGAAAUUAUCGAGUGGAAAUUUAUAUAAUUACAUUUAUUGGACCUAACCAGUGCAGCUGCGAAAAAUGUAACUUCCGGUGCAGCUGCGAAAAAUGUAACUUCCGGUGCAGGGGCGGGUUGUACGAAGGUCGGAUAGCGCUAUCCACCAGAUAGUGAUUUUUUUCAACAUUUGUAAAAAUGCUUGAAAAACUGAAACUACGGAUAUACUGUAGACGACACCAGAAGUAUAAAAAACAUUUAGCUUAUAAAUACUAAACUUUAAUACGAGUUAUACCAGUCAACGACUGAUUUAACAAAGCUUGAAAAUAUCACUAUCCGGCCUUCGUACAACCGGCCCCAGCGCUCUAACCAACUGAGCUACAGAGGCCAGUUGUUGAGAUCUAACCACAAGUUCAUGUAUAUAUACUAGGGCGUAAAAAAAAAACCAAAAAAAACCUGUGGUUCCGGUUCCCGACCGACCCUAUUUUUUUCUGCCGACCCUAUUAUUUUUUCAACGUGAUUGACCGUGCGACCCUAAUUUCUCCAGGUGGUUGCGGGCUGCUCAUACAGCGUGCCAAAAUGGCGUCUGUUGUCACAAUAAUUAUUGAACCAAAUUGCCCAAAUUCGUCCAUAGGAAAUACGCAUCUCUAGUUAACAUUGAUGUCGGGACUCUACUGCAAAUCGCCCAGCAAAAAACUGCCAAAACCAUGAAAAAAUAUUAAAAAAAAAAAAUUAUUUCCGACCUACCGACCCUAAUUUUUUCACGAUAUGAAACCGGAACCACAGGUAUUUUUUUUUUACGCCUAGGGUACCGCCAUGUUUAGGUUGUGGCUAAAUAUCAAGAUUGUAUUGUUGGCAUCUAACUCGAUUCAGUAAUAUAGUUGAAGGGUCGAAAGUGGAAAAUUAAUAUAUAUAUACAUCAUCUAAUUGGACAUUUGGACCUAACCGCAACUAUGCAGGUCCCUGGCAGGAAUGGAACUGCAUAACCCAGAUUAUCAUGACAGUAAUACCAAUAUUUUUCAUAUUACCUUUAUUACAGCUAUUGAAGACGCAUUCUAGUUUUCUAAAGAUGCAAGAUCCUCAGGUAUAUGAUUUGUUGUGAAUAGAAUUCAUUAAAUUACACACGAAACUAUUGAUUAAAUGAAGUCUGCAGUACCUUCUUUUAAGCACUAUCUAAACACCAUGAGCAGCCGUGUUACAGGUAUAUAGCUUGUGAAAUAUGAGAACAUUCGUAUUCUUCAACAAUUUAAAAUAAAUGAAUGAUAUUUGGUGAGAAAAUUGAACUUAAAGUUUAUGUAAAUCAGCAUGAUUUUGUAUCAGAUAUACAAACUCCUUUGCGCUCAUGAUUUCUUUUGUGUUUUCUUCAUGAAUUAUUAAUGAGUUUUACAAACAGUUUUAAAAUGUGUUGCCAAGUAAGUAAGUGUGUGAGUGGCGAGGUGUGCUAGCCUAAUUGGCCUAAUAAUCCUUACUUACAUCUGAGAUCUGAGCUGAAUGGACCUAUUAUAGCUAAUGAACAAAAUUUUGAUCUAGACAAGUCUAGACAAACUUUUCAUCACAGCUUAAAAGAGCAUCACACACAAUUAGUAAUAUUCCGAAGUUUCGUUGUGAAAUGUUGUAAAAUGCGGAUAAUAUAGCCCUGCGAAGUUUGCCGUUUUUUAGUCAUUUUGUAUUGGAAAUUGAUACCUUCUUUCAGAAAGCGGGACCAAUUUCCCGUGCGUAAUACAAAAUGACUGAAAAACGGCAAACUUCGCAGGGCUAUAUUAGUCCGCAUUUUACAACAUUUCGCAACGAAACUUCGGAAUAUUACUAAUUUUGUGAUGCUCUUUCAAGCUGUGGUGAAAUUUUUGUCUAGACUUGUUGAGAUCAAAAUUUUGUUCAUUAGGGAAUACAGUAGGUCCAUUUGCGAAGGACGCAGCUCAACCCGAUCGAGUCGAAGGCUUUCUAAGAGCACCUCUGGCAGCCAGCUAUAAUUUAUGCAUUCUUGUGUUCCAGCGCGUCAUUGCUGCCCUACAAGAACACGCUAGAGCUGUGGUCGAACCCUCGACACCCCAAGCCGUUUCCGUGACGACGCAUAAAACUAACUACGACACUACUGCUGUAUGGAAGAAAAUAUUUGCCCAAACUUUACCACUGAGGUUUGUGUUUGUCAUUUUCUCUUCGUGAUAUAACAAUAUUGUCACAACCUUGUGUCGUCAACCUUGUAACAUUCUUGUUAUAUCAUGACUGUAUCAGACUUGUUAGAACAACCUUGUAACAAGUCUGAUAAUGCCACGAAGCUUGUUACAAGUUGUUAACAGCUUGUAACAACUUUGUUGAUAUUAUCACACUUGUUGCAAGGUCGUUCCAACAAGUCCGAUACAGUCAUGAUAUAACAAUAUUGUUACAACCUUGUGUGAUCGGUUGUAACAUUCUUGUUAUAUCAUGACUGUAUCAGACUUGUUAGAACAACCUUGUAACAAGUCUGAUAAUGCGAUCAACGGAUCAAGCUUGUUACAAGUUGUUAACAGCUUGUUCCAAACUUGUUACAACAACUGGGAACAAGCAGUGCGAACACAACUUGUCGACAGCUUGUGAAAAGAUUUGUAACAACUUGUUUGCAGACCUGUAACAACUUGUGCGUUUUUACUUGUCUCAAUUCACGUUGCUUUUGCGUGCAACUCAUUUCCAGAUUUGAAAUAUUCCUUUUUAGCUCUCGUGAUGAUAUUCUCGACUUCGAUGCGAAGGUGGGUGAGGAUACGAGUGGUCAGAAGGACAGUGAAUACGAACUGGGGACAGCUGUGGAUAUGUUAGGACUCGAGGACGAAGAUUCGCGGGCACGUCAGGCAACACAGGGAGCCUAUAUGUCUUAUUUAUUACUCAGGCAUCUCAGAUUACGAGACUUACAACGCACAGUAAGUAGGCGAUGUUUUGAAACAUACGCCUGUAUUCUAAAAGCUCAGUCACACUCAAUGAGUGGAGGUUCAAUCUGAGCUUCCCUUGAGUGUCAAUGCUGUUUUUAAAUAGCUGGAGGGCUAGUGUCAUACCUUACUAUGUGACUACUCACCCUUCAGCUAUUCAAAAACAGCAUUGACAUUCAGGGCAAGCUCAGAUUGAACCUCCACUCAUUGAGUGUGAGUGAGCUUUUAGAAUAUAGGCGAUAGUCAAUAAAACUUAUAAGAAGGUUAGGAAACUCGAUACAAGGUGUAUAAAAAAAUUAGACAAUUUUGAAACGGCUCUCAAUUUCACAAAUCCGUUCAUUACAUGAAAUUUUUUAUAAAUAUAGUUUUGUUUUGUGUGUGUUUUGAUGUUAUAUACUUGUAUUAUGUGUGUUUUGAUGUUAUAUAAUGUUUAUGAUGUUACUCUGAGUGUAUAUCCACACCGGGCAGGCUGAAAAGUUUGCCUGACCACGGUGGGAAUCGAACCCGAGACCUUUGGAAUACUAGUCCAUAGAUUGUUUGCGCACUUAUAAUGUAGAAUAAACAAAAAAUUUUCGUAAAGAUAAAUUUUCCAGAGUAGGGGGUGUCUUUUUUAGCGACAUUAAAAAUAGCUUGCGCGCGAAAUUUAAAAGUUUAAAACGCAUUUUGAGUUCAUGGGCGAGAAAUUUGUUAUGUGUUUUAUCAAUGGUCCAAAUAUCAGAAAAUUUUCUCAAUUUUAAGUCCUUUAAAUAGCUGCUGAAACUUUCAUUUUUGGCACCAAUGUCUUUCACGCAUGCUUAAUGUAUGCAUUUACCUAAUUUGCAUAUUGUUAUUGUAAAAAAUGCAAAAAAAUGAAAGUUUCAGCAACAUCAUGGUCGGUUCAUUGUCACGUGUGUAUUGUUUUUUCGCCCAACCAACCAAUAUGUAGCGGUGUGUUGGAUUAAUUACUCAGUCGUGAUAUUACACAAUGCAGGGUUCGUAGCGGUCUUUGAAAUCCUUGAAUCCUUGAAGUCUUUAAAUUUGAAUGCAGGUCUUUAAGGUCUUUGAAAAGUCUUUGAAUUGUGUGAAAAAGCGAAGAAAGUCUUUAAAAGUCUUUAAAUUCUUUAGUGAUUAUUUGAUUAUACGAUUUCCUAGCUAAUGAAAGAGAUUGAUUGAAGCAAGAUUUUCGCAAAUAUCGACAAGAAAGUGCAUUUUAGGAUGUGAUUUGACGCGACUAAUUACCUAGUAAAAAUGGUGCUUAUACAUCGCAAUUUUUCGACACCUGAUUGCUCUCAAAGGUCUUUGAAAAGUCUUUGACAAUAGGCAGAAAAAAUCUUUGAAAGUCUUUGAAUUUUUUUUAUCUUGGAGACUACGAACCCUGCAAUGGUUAAAUGAAAACAUAGCUAUUGGUUGCAUUAGUGAAAAUACAAUACACACGUGACGAUGAACCGAGUAUUUCAGAAAAAAACAUGGAUAAUGAGGUGUAUUAUGUCUGCAUCGAGUUCCCUAACCUUCGUAUUCUAUUGACUGUGGUUGAAACCGGUAUCUGACAGCCAUGUGUCAAUCUUUUUUUUUUAAAACCCCGAAUUAAUUCGCAAAAAUUGUUGUCCCUGUUUAGUGUUUGUCCGUAUUAAACUACUGUCGCUCUAUCGAAAGAACACUGACCAUUAAUGAUAGCGGGCUGUCUUUAGAGAGUGGACGUCAAAAAGCAACGAAGUAAGGCAGAAUAAUCGUUUUAAUAAUUUGUUUUCAGCCACGUACCAACUUGGUGAGACAAACCUGUAGUGUAGUAAGGUUGUAGUAAUUUUGAUAUUUUACUGUUAAUAAUAUACAGUGAAAAAUGUUCUUAAUUCUGAUUGUGGCUGAGAGCAGUGCAAUUGUUUCGAAAUACAGUGCAAAUUUCUAUGACUAACAUUACAUUACAAUUACAUUACAAUUUCCAGCAGAAAUAAUAAUAUACAAAAAAACAAACAUUUAGGAGUUUUUAGGAGUGACUGCAUAAUUUUUUCAUGUAUAUUAUUAAUGGUGUGGUUUCUCGUACAAUUUGAAAAAAAAUACACUCGUGAGUUUUUCAAAGACUUCAAAUUGCACUCGUCCUUCGGACUCGUGCAAUUUGACAGUCUUUGAAAAACUCACUCGUGCAUGUUUUUUCCAAAUUGCACUCGAAACUAUGCUAUUAUAGGGGCGGACCAUUAGAAAGGGGGAGGGGGGGGGGGACUUUUUUAAUUACUUGUACAAAUACUUUUUAAAAAUUUUUUGCUUGUGUCGAUAAUUUUUUUUAAAAUAAUAUCAAUCAAUCAAUCAAUCAAAAUGUUUAAUCACGAUGCCUAUACGAGCUAUAUACAGGAGGUAGGUCCUUGCAGGAGGAUCGGAAUGUUAACCCUAUAUAAGAACCCCCUUAGAAAAGAUUAGUAGCGGUAAAAAGUGUUAAUAGUAUAAACAUUAAUGAGUGUAUAUUAGUAAACUAAGAUAGACGUAUUAGUAAAUUAGUAAAUAUUCAUGUGGCGCUUGAGUUCCUGCUUAAAACUAUGAAAACUAUUCGCUUCGGCAACGUUCAGAGGCAAAGCGUUCCAUGCUUGGUGUAUAGUGAAUAUUUGUGAUUUGCUCUGGUUUUCCCCGAUAUAAUCCCUUGCACGAAUUAUUUUAUUUCUACUUGUAAUUUUCCCUAUUGAAAAGUCUCUGCACGAAUUGUUUUUUCAAACUUUAUUGUUGUAUGAAUUUUUUUCUUUCUGUUUCCCCUGCUCGAUUUUUUGUUGCUCCCCCCAUCACUUUUCUAAUCGUCCGCCACUUAGCUAUACAAAUGUUUAUGCUUUCAUAGUCGACAAGUAUUUCACAGCGGUGGUGUUCAAGGGCUUGGUUCUCAUCAAUAUCUUCACAACACACCUGCGGAUUUCGCGUGAGUCCAGAGUCCAUAUAUACCAUUUUAUAUUCCUUUGUUUUUCUAAUCUGUACACUUGUUACCAGCCACUUCGUUUUUUACGACGCCUAUACUUCGAGGGUAGGAAUUUUUAUACUCAGGUUGGCUAAUUUCUCUCGAGUGAAUACACCCUUUCGAUAACUACGUCACACAUACGUUUUGGUUUUGGAGCCUCGCUCUCAUUAGUAAAUUAGGGAACGUGAUUGGCUCACGAUUCAUGAGAGCGAGGCUCCCAGGCCAAAUGACCUAAUUAUCGAAAGGGUGUAUUGGGCAACCACGCCCCGUGUGAUCGACAUUAGAGAAAUAAAUAUUAUCAUUCUUCCUUAGCUAAUUCUCUUCCUUGAAGGCCCUGUCACACUAUUGCGUAUCGUACAAGCAUAUGCCAGCGUGUGAAAAAUAUCACUCAUACGCUGGCAUACGCUGACAUACGCUGACAUACGCUAGGGGUACGUUAGACAUAGGUUGUAUACGUUUCAAGCACGGUCGCAUACGAUGGCAUACGGCGAGGCCAGGCGAAAGUGCGAAACAGAAACAUUUUUUUAAGCAUGCUUAAAAAUUUUGUGCGUAUUCGGACGUAUGGUUUAUACGAUAAGCAUUAUACUCUAGGCACACGCUGAAUACGCUAGAGGUACGCCAUAUUUACGGUACUCAUACGCUGGCAUUUCAAGGGAUUUUUUUAAUUUUGCGCGUAUGAAAAUUAUUUCAUUAAUUUUCAUACGCUUCUCAUACGUUUCUCUCAUACGCAAUAGUGUGACAGGGCCUUGACUAUAAUUUAGUAUUUCUGUAAUUUUAUAGCGUGGAACAAAAUGAAUUCAUGCAUUACUCAGAGGUAAUUACUUUAGAAUUUCAACAUAUAGUAUGGAAACUUUUUUGGCAAUUUUGAAAAUGAAAGAAGCCUAGCUUCUCUGAAAUUUUAAACAUUUCCCAAUUGCAAUUUUUUUCUCAAUUCUUUCUUUGUCUGCAGGUAGAAAAUCACGACGAUUUCUUUGUAUUUGAAGAAGGGCGUGUCCACGUACAGGAUCAGAGAGGGUUGUACGUCAUGUAUGAUGUCGCUAUAAAGGAUUUCAAGUAAGGCUCAAGGAGUUUUGUUUUUUCAAGAUGUGAGAUUUUUAGGCGUGUAAUUAGUUCAAGUUAGAGCUAGUUAAAUUUCGACUGUUAAAGAAAACUGUAUGUCAAUUUUUCUAGGAACAUGGAAAAAGAUUUGUUACUUGUUGCAACCAAGUUUAUUGAAAAAGACAAGCAGUUUCGUGUUAGAAAAUCUUCGAAAAAUGUCAGCUCUAAGGUAAUCCUUCCUCACACAUUCCGAUAUGCAGAUCGCAUAGCUUACUGGAGCUGUUGUUAAUGCUUCUGUUGGUUUAAAAAUUCUAGUCAAGGUAUCCAGAUAUUGACAUCAGUGCGUAUGGCCAUCAGAAUGUUGAUCGCUUUGGUGUUCUUCUUGAUCUCUGGUCGAAUGAAGCAAUUUACCUGGAAAAUAAGAGACAGGUCUGUAGAGUGAAGACAUUUUAGGAAACUAGACUACACUAAACGACCUUAAUUUAUAUACUGGAUAGCUUUAUGAGUUCUAAUCUGUUUUUUCUGGAGGUCCAGUAAGAAUAAUCUCUUAUUGAUCCAGUGUUACUACAGGAGGAAAUCUAAACUAAACUAACUUUAUUUAUACUGGAUAGCUCUAUCAAUUCUAAACUGUUCUCCCUAGAGGCCUGGUAAGGAUCAUCUCCUAUUGAUCAUGUGGUACUACUGGUUAUAUUUCUUCAGCUUUUAGAUACAUAUUUCGAAGCCUAUCAACACACUUUUAAUCCAGAUGACAAGAGAAAAUUAGCUCAGGUUGGUAACUAAUGAAUGUUAUUGAGAUUAAACAUCGGUUUUAAAUCUGAUAUAGGUAGUAUUUUACAAUAAGCUGUCGUAGUUUGUGUCUGAACUACCUGAAAAAGAUAUCUCAAACGUGGUGGUCCAGUGUAGGUAGUAUUCUACAAUAAGCCGCCGUGGUUUGUAUCUGAACAACCUAACGAAAUUGAAAAGACUUCCCAAAUGCCCUUCACAAUAUUAAUAUUCUGAUGUUCCUCAGGUGAUGGUAAAUAUUCUUCAUCAAAGGCCAAGAUUUGAUUUCAACGAACCUUACUUAGUAAAGCUGUACAGAGCAGAGAAUGUUUGCCUGAGAUUACAUUGUAACCUCAUCAAGUCUGUGCUGGAUAAACAGGUACUACAGUAGGACAUACAGUAUGGAGAUUUUAGAAGCAAUUAGAAAUAAUCUAGAUCUACUACUGUAAGGCAAUAAUGAGCGAUACAAACGUGAGGCCAAUUAUGGUGAGAAUUUGCAGAUAAAGUGCCCCUAAUAUAUAAAUAUAAUGUGCCAUUAGGAGCAAUUAGGGGCAAAUUUGAGCUAUAAUGAGCACUAAUUAGCAAUCUGGGGAAGUUUGAAACAAUUAUUACUUUUUAGUUAAAGCGAGCACUGAUUAGCAGAUGGGAGAAGUAUGAGGCAUUAGAGAUCUAUAAUGAGUUCUAAUGAGCACUAAUGAGCACUGAUAAGCUCUAAUGACUACUGAUGAGCAUUAGCAAGCACUAAUUACCAAUUUUAAAUAGUUAGGGCAAUCAAGAAGUAUAGUGAGGAAUGAUGAACAAUUAGAAUCAAUUAGUGGCAAUUAGGGGUAACUUAUAUCUACAGUGGACUAUAUGUGUGCAAUAAUUAGUAGUUAGAAGCCCUCAAGACUUGUUAGAAGAAAUUGUGGUGUAGGGUUCGUGUAAUUGAAACGUUAUUUUUGAAGAUUGCUGAACAACGCGAGUACGUCCAGAAAGUAACAAGGGAUGGAGAUUCGGGUGAGAAAACAAUCAACAGUAAAAUAUCGACCAAUUAUUCACCCAAAAUACAGCGGUAUUCAUAAAAAACAUCUGCGUUUAUUGUCUUUUAGAGUUUGGCUUACCUCACAGAAUUAUCCCUAAACAAAGCAUUGCAGUUAACACCAGCAGGUAUAAUUGACUUUUCAUCAAAAGUUUUGGCUUCUUUUCACUAUUAUUUAAAAAUUUAAAAUUAUGAUCUUUGCUUUCGUUUUCUUCAGACCCUGUUUAAAAUAUGUUUAUAUGUUGGAAUUCCACCCAUCUCUUGCUCUGGCAGCUGCUAUACCCAAAGCUAUCCAGCAUGUUUUACAGGUACGGUAUAUUCUUUAUCUAUUCUGGAUAGCUCUAUCAAUUCUUAACUGCUCUCUCUGGAGGUCCAGUCAGGAUCAUCUCUUAUUGAUCCAGUGUUACUACAGGAGGAAACCUAAACUAAACUAACUUUAUUUAUACUGGAUAGCUUUAUCAGUUCUAAAUCUCCUACCUACAGGUCCAGUGUUACCACUUACGUUCAUUGAAUAAUCUUUCAUUAUGUUUUAAUUUCUAGAUAUUCCUAAAUGCGAACCAACCUACAGGUUUCAUAGAGUUGAUCAAUGUCGAGAAAUGUCUGUUUGAACUUGUUCAGCAAGAAUGGGACGAUAUGGAAGUCAUUGGAAUAACACAUUCACAGCAAACACAAAAAGAUGUAAGUCAUUCUACAAACAUUCUGUUUGAACAAUUGUACAAGCUUUGCUUAAGCUCGCUAUUGGCGGGGAGUGGUUGCCUCCCCCCCCCCCCCUCACAAACCCCAAAACCACACCCAUUACAAUUUGAAAAUGGAAGCAAUAUUGUUCGACUAUUCGGUUAUAGCACUUUAUUUUUUAUCAUUUAUAUUAUAAGAAAUAUGGAAUAUUGUCUGACAGUUUAACUUUUUAAAACUGCUUAUAGAAUGCUGUCAAUGACUUGUGACCACAUUAGCAUGUAUUAUCCUGCUUAAAUAAUAUAAUCUUCAUUAAGCCAAGUAAUUAUUUAUUCGUAGCCUGCCAACUUGAGUAAAAUAGUAUCAAUUGAUUUCAUUGUUAAAUGAACAACUCAGUCACAAUUGUAUCCGUACAGAUAAGUAUACAUUACAACAACUAUGUUUGAGAAAAGUUCUGUUAUAAAAUAUUUUUUCAGAUAAAGAGUAAGUUAUCUGGCAUUUCACAAUAUAAGUUUUAAUAAUAAUAAUAAUAAUAAUAAUAAUAUGUAUUUAUUUAAUCACGAUAAGUUAGUUACAGGCAGUGCUGAUGUGGUCGUGAUCGUGAAAACCAAAAAAGAAGAAAAACGUUAAAAAACAACAGUAGAUAAAUAAAUAUAGAAUAUAAAGUCCACUCCUUAGCUUGGCGCCAUAUUGAAUUUCGCGGUCGCGCCGGUAAAGGUCUAGGGACUAGGUGCUCCAUCGUAUCUAAAAUAGCCAUGACCGUUUGAGGUGCAUCUUGUGUGCAUAUUUUUUCUCUAAUAUUUUUUCUUAAUAUUUAGUUAUUCUCAGAAGUAUUUGUUGAGGAUCCGUUGUUUGUUUGUGAAGUCGGUCAGUCUCAGCUCAGCGCUCUUGAGUCGAAUUCCGCUGGUCGUAGAUCCGUGAAAGAAAGACAGCAGGCUCUAAUAAAGACCUGGUGUCAUUUACUUGAGGUGAGAGCUUGUUUCGAAUUUUGAAUCCGUGAUCUAUGAUCAAAACAUAUAAUUUGAGAAAUCAAAUGAUAAGCUAUAUUGAUUAAACUUGUUGUUUGUUAACUGUAGGUGCUAACUCUUCGGCAUCGUUUAAUAACGUCAGCUCACGAAACUGAGGUUCUGAUGAAGGUAGGAAUAUUGAAGGAGUCACCUUGUUUAAGAUUCGUACUGUUCAGGACAACAUGUUGGUGUCACAUUUCAAAGUGCGUUAUUUUGAGAACAGUUUAGCUAUCCUGGCAGAACCUCUAGGGAGAACAGUUUAGAAUUGAUACAGCUAUCCAGUAUCAAUAGAGUUAGUUUAGUUUAGGUUUCCUCCUGUAGUAACACUGGAUCAAUAAGAGAUGACCCUUACUGGACCUCUAGGAAGAACAGUUUAGAACUGAUAGAACUAUCCAGUAUAAAUAAAGUUAGUUUAGUUUAGGUUUUCUCCUGUAGUAAGACUGCAUCAAUAAGAGAUGACCCUUACUGGACCUCUAGGAAGAACAGUUUAGAACUGAUAGAGUUAUCCAGUAUAAAUAAAGUUUGUUUAGUUUAGGUUUCCUCCUGUAGUAACACUGACUGCAUCAAUAAGAGAUGACCCUUACUGGACCUCUAGGGAGAACAGUUUAGAACUGACAGAAUUAUCCAGUAUAAAUAAAGUUGUAUGUUUGGAUCAAGAUCUUUUGAAAAAAGCCUGACGUCUAUUUAAUAUUUUUCUGUUCACGUAAGGUUUACAAGAGGAAAUGUAAAGAGUUUGGUUUCGACGAGCAUCAUGCUUAUCUCCGAGCUGUCUCGUUUGACUUCGCUCAACUGAAGCCAGAAGCUGAACUCCAUCGCAUUUCGAUCGACACUCUCCUGGAUGACGAUGGCAGAAUUGACAGGUACGAGUAGAUAAACUUUUAUUCAUCAGUUAUAAUUUUAUUCUAAAAGCGUUACGAAGCUGCAGACGAACUGAGUUGAGAGAUAAUGAUGGAACAAGACAAUGGUGUGAGCCAAACAGAAAUUACAGAAAUUACAAAGCCUGAAUAAUUCGAGUUUCAGGCUCAUGUUGAUAUAUGCGAUAAUUCUUAGUGAAACCUGUCUUUACGUUUUUGAAUUGUUUCAGAUAUACGCCGGGAGCUCUUCCCCUUGCAAUCCAGGAGAUUGACGAAAAACAUGUGGGAACAGUUAAUUUCAGGACGCGAGAAGGACUCUUACAGGUUAGUGUGAGUGAGGAUGGGCUAACUGAUCUUUGCUUGCAGCUGGGAGUAUAGACAACUUGCAUGUUAGACUAAAUUUUGAAAGAGAAGGGAAUCAAACACCACAGCUAAAAAGAACAUAUUAAUGAUAUUAGUAAAUUAAAAUUGCAAAAUUUGAUUGCGAAAUGUUGUAAAGCUUGGAAAAUAUAGUCUUCCAAAGUUACCAUUUUCGGCUGAAGAAUGGUAACAAUUUCCGCACGUAAUACAAACAUACAUAAUAUGCAAAUUUUUCAAUUUUACUAAUUUUAAUAAGUUCUUUACGGGAAUUUACUUUUUUUGCCUAGAUAAAAAAUUAGUCUUACUUGCAAGUUGUCUAUUGCGGAGGAUCUAGCUCAACGAUUGAGGGAAUGUUCAUCCUUGUAUUUUAUAUUUUAGCUUAUUGGACGUCUUGGCGUUGAGAAGUUGCAAGUUAUAUUAACUAGCCAGGUUAGUAAGGAUUAAACUAAAAUCUACCUUUAUUUAUACUGGAUAGCUAGAGUUCUAAACUGUUCUCGCUAGAGGUCCAGUAAGGAUCAUCUCUUAUUACCUCCGCCAGGAGGUUAUGUAAUCAUCUGGGUUUGUAUGUGUGUGUGUGUGUGUGUGUGUGUAUGUGUGUGUGUAUGUGUGUGUGUGUGUAUGUGUGUGUGUGUGUAUGUGUGUGUGUUUGUCUGUGAGCACGAUAACUCAAGAAAUACCAAACAUAUCCGUACGAAAUUUUUUGAAUGCAUUUCCCAUCGGCUAAGGAAGAACUGAUUAAAAUUUGGUUGAAUUUCGUUAAAAAUUGAACGAGAAAUGAACAAAAUUUUGUCUUGCUUUUCCCGGUCAAUUAACAAAAUAUAUUACUGAAUGCGUAAUUAGGACGUGUAUAAUUUAUGCACUCAGUGCUAAGACAGUAAUGAGAUGAUAAACCUCAUUAAGCUUCGGCCUUCAUUAUCUAUUGUCUUAGUUGCAUUUCACGCGACCGAAAUUCAAUGUCUAAAACAAGGCUUACGGAGUUACGCAUUAUUACGUUCAGCAAAGUGCCAGUCCAUUCAAAUUCUAACAACAUUAGAUUACUUCAAUACAGGGUGUAUAAAAAGAACGCAACCACGGAAUUUCCCAAGAAAUCGACAUUGUUUUAAAGACAAAAGGUUUUAGCUGUCUGGGAAUUUAAAAUAGCACAACUGUGAAAAUUACUGCACGCGCGAGUGCAUAAAGCAAAAUUUGUGCAUUUAUUUAAUGACACUUAAAAAGUUUUUAUUUUACAAGUACUGUACAGUACAACAACAGCAGUAUGUUCUAUUAGCAAUUCGAUUUCAAUUCGCGGGGGCCUGAAAUCUUUUGUGCUUAAGAAUUAUAAAGUGGAUUUCUUAGGAAAUUCCAAGGUUGCGUUUCACUUCCGAGUAACGGGCGGAGGUAUGCAGUCUCUGAGUGCCCUCUAGUUGAUUCAGUAUUACUACAGGAGGAAACCUAAACUAAACUAACUUUAUUUAUACUGGAUAGCUCUAUCAGUUCUAAACUGUUCUUCCUAGAGGUCCAGUAAGGAUCAUCUGUUAUCGACCCAGUGUUACUAUAGGAAAACCUAAACAAAUCUACUGUUUCAUAGGUUGUUCAUAAAAACUUGCUUGCUGCAUCUGUGGUCCUCGGGUGUGAAUGUGGGAACGCUGUGAACAUAGAGAGACGAUCAGGAGCAACUGUGAACAAGAAUGUUUCAACAAGGUAAUAAAUAAAUAAUUUUGUUAUUUUUUUUUGUAAUGGAAGAUGCGUUCACCACAAUGUUAGCAGAUAAUUCAGACACAAACUCCCGUAACUUAUUUUCAAUAUUUUCUAUUGUAGCGCUGUCUCUAAAGUACCAGCGGUCAGCACCAUGGACUUACUCGACCCAAGCAGUCACGAGACGUCGGGCACGGCAACUCCCACGCAAAUGACAUUGACAUCGCACGUGAAACGCGACAGAAAUCACGUGCCUAAAUUGGCAUUUGUUUCCGCCCAACUUGAGAAG